AUGAAUAGUACCGCACCAAUAAUAUUACACUAUAUCAAUAUUAUUAUUGAUAACGAAUUGCACAUAUCGUUGAAUGAUAGCUGUGGUAACAACGGUACUAAUAGCAGCACUAAUACCACUAAUAGCGGUGAUAACAACAAUACUGGUAGCAGUGCUGGCCCUGGUAACGGUAAUACUGGCAGUAGUAGUAACAGCAGUGCUAGCAGUGAUAAUAGCAGUACUAGCCGUGGUAAUAGCAGUACUAGCCGUGGUAAUAAUAGCUGCGGUACUUGUAGUAGUGGUAGCGGUACUAGCAGUGAUAAUAAUAAUAGCGGUAAUAAUAGCAGCAGUAUUAGUGGCUGCGGUAAGUGUGGUAGCAUUGCUAUCCUUGGCAGUGGUAGCAUUAGUAGUGGUAAUUGCGGUAUCAGCAAUUGUAGUAGUGGUGAUUGUGGUAUCAGCAAUUGUAGUAGUGGUAAUUGCGGUAUUAUUAUCAGUAAUUGUUAUUAUUACGUUGCUAUCACUGCUACUACUGCUAGGAUUGCCCGUACUACUGCUACCACAGCUAUUACCACGUAUGAGGCCUUUAAUGCGUAUUGUUUACCAUUGCUGCCCGCAUCGUAUUUAUGCUUCUUUUUUUCUAUUCCCUACCUUAUUAAGGUAAGGGAGUGGUUGGCGGAACAGCUGUACAUCUGCUAGUGUGCCAUGCAUAAAUACAUGGUUAUGCAUUGUAAAUAUUUUGAUCACCGCUUUGCUUACCAUCUGUUACAUUGUUUCAGAUUUUUGCUUUAAAUACCUCCUAAUUUCCCUCCAACAAUAAAAAAGCAGAAGAAAUGACGAGGACCCUUAUGACACGCCACAAUGAAAUACCUGACAAAGAGAACUACGAUCCGAUAGCAGAAUGCUAUUCGCCACACACGAAGAAGACGGGCAGCGUAAGACGGGCCAUUCUCAAGGAUAUUACCGAUAGGUAUAGGAAGGAAAGUAAGGAAGAGGAACACGUUAGUGAACCUAAGAAAUGGAGUGAUGAGAUUGAGGAGUUGUUUGGUAGGUGGAAGGAUUCUCCUGUCCGGAAAAAGAAUAUGAGGGAGAUGUAGGGAGGUGAUACGAAGUGUUAUCGAGGGAUGUUAUGGGAUAGUAGAGCAUGGGUGAAGGAGUGCAAUACCAGGGAUAGAAAGUGGUGGCAGUACCAGACAGUAGAGCAAUGUUGUAAUUUUAUAGGAACGGUAAUAUUGCAGUAUUGUGCCAUGGUAGAGUACUUCACCACGAGGACCGUUUAUUAAAUAAGUGCAUGUUACGC